CGCGUUGGGGCCGCUGCACCGCAAAUCAAUUCACCCAGGAAAUAUUACGAAACGCCGCAGUUACAGUCUAACUGACGAGGGGGACCCAAGGCCAUCCUUGUCCGGCGCACUAGGGCUGGUUUAAGCCAGCAUUACAACCGAAGGUCAUGCUUCAGCAAAAUGGCCAACCCUCGGCGCACUCCCACAACACCAUCGCGACCUCCACCUCGACCUUGACGCCCUCCUCCCCCCUCCGCCCCCUCCCGUCCUCGCCGUCUCUCGGUGAGAGCAUCCGGACCCUGCGCGAGACGACGCGCCCGGACACGGUCCCUGCCUCACCGAUUCACCCGCGCUCUGAACGGCGUCGACGGCCCAGUCCGCUCCAGUACUCGGGUCAGACCUCAGCUGCCAGCACCGGAGCCGCAGCCCAUCAGACGCCGCGCUCACCUGCUUCCUCGGCGGCCUAUCACGACGGCCCACGAUCUCCGCGAGAGAAGCUUGAUGCUCUGAUUGCCGAGGAGGCCAACUCCAGAUCAAACGCCGCGACGCCCACGCAGGCGAGCCCUCCUACACCGCCGACCAUACCGGCAAGAGGCGGAAACCAGCCCGCAAAGCCGUCCUCGUAUGCCCAGCUACGCAACGUCUCUGCCCCAGUCCUGUCGUCGACCGGCAUCUCUCCUCCAGCAUCGCCCGUCACCAUGCCUCCCCCGUCCCGGCCGCACCGACCAGAAACCCGUCCCACAGCUCCCCGCAACCCGUCGAUAGACUCUGCAGCGUCGUCGCUCUCGUCCGGUGCCUCGCAGUCAUACCGUGGGAACACUGGCCAUGGGCAGAGGCCGUCACAAGACACAAGCAUGGCCAAUCCGCCGGAUAUGGCAGCUCUCAUGCUAGCCGCGGGCUCUCCAGAAGCUGCGCUGAUGGCAAUGUGGAGGGAGAAGCAGAGCGCGUCUCAUCACAACGGCCAGCUCUGGCGGCUGGUAGAGAAACAGCGGUCCAUGAUUCUGGGCCUGCAAAAGGACCUGGAGCGAGCAUUCAAGGACAAGGAGCGGUACCGGAAGAAACUAAAAGACUAUACUAACCAGGUACCACCACUACCCGGUGCACCCCAGAGGUCCGACACCUUCGACUCUGUUGUGGAACGCGACGAGAGCCAGUCGCCGGCCCCAAGCGAGAAACAGGAGGAUCCCGCCAAGGCGAUCACAGCAACGAAACCCGCAGAGCACAAGCCUUGUUCGCCGCUUACACAAGAAACAUCCGCGACUCAAUUGAUCCCGGAUGCUCAAUUGGCACAUUCGCCAUCCAACUCCUCAGCACACACCGCAUCUAACCCUGCGUCUAGCGUAAACUCUCCGACGGACUACUCAGUAAAGCCGCUUAAGAUAGUUAGCAAGGGUCUGGGACUGGAUGCCGUCGUGAAUGAAAAUGCUCCCCACGUGGAACCACCGGCUGAGCCUAUGGGGGCACGGCGGCCUCCGCAAAAGGACUCAGAGGCUCCAACCGCGUCAUCCGAAGCGCUUAAGGCCCCCGCCUUAUCUCUUACACAGGCAACACCAAUACUUGGUGGCGAUGGUUUCGAAGCGUCUUCAGCAAAGCCCGCCCACCCACUACGGAAAGCUCCUCCCGCGCCGCUCAUAUUAUCUAAGCCCGCGAAGACUAGCGCCCAUCUACUCCAGGCCGCACCCGGACAGCAUGACGACUCGGACUACGAUGACACGCUGGAAGUCGACGAGAUUCCAAUUGUCGAAAGAGGAAGACGAAAGACACGUGAAGAAGAUGACCGUGUCAGAGAGGCUUUGGCAGUGAGGGACGACGAAGCACGGAGCAAGUCAAAGAAGAGCAAGAGCAAGAGCAAGAGCAACGUUAAGGCUGCGGAUGACAGCAGCCAGACCGAGCCCUCAACAGCAGGUCUAUCACCGCGUCAGUUCAGUCCGCUGCAAGCCGGACUGCCUCUUUCGCCCCGCCAUCCUCCUGCGAACUCUCUGAAUGCUCUUCUUAGCCCCACGAAUUCGGACAGCUCCAUGGUGGCCCAGAGAAGCAUUGGAUCUCCACCUUUGAUGAGUCCCGGCUUGCCUACGAGUCCUCGUCCGGGAGACAGACCAAUGAACUCGCCACUGCCAAGAAAUCCGAAACAGUCGUUGGCUUCUCCGCCCAUGUCCCCGAGAUCUGGUGUCAACGGGAUGCCCCAGCCAGCCUCGCGGGCCCCGCGACAGCCGAUUCCUCUGCCGCCAAACACGCCGCAGUCGUAUACCUCACCACCAGUCGCGCAACCCGUCCAGCCAAAGCAGCAAACUAUUUCGUCGGAUCUGCUGAAGCCGCCCAAUGCUCAACCAAGUCCCGAAGCGGACACAGGUACUCUAGGAUCAAGCGAUCCGGCAGCUUCCGAGCAUGUAUAUCGGGGGCUCGUGUCAGACCAGUAUCCGGGACUCUUACUUCCUCCCAAUGCGUUACCGUCCAUCGAGGUCAAGGUGUCGUCUUCACGACUAAGACCGUCGCGCAUGAGCUUUUUAGCUCCCAAGCCGCAAGAAGAGGAUCCGGUUUUCCAUCUCGCUGUCUAUGCACGCUCUGAUGGGAAGCAGUUGUGGCGUAUGGAAAAGACUAUUGUGGCACUGCCAGCUUUGGAUGCUCAGUUGAAGUCAUUAUGUGACUUCCCUGGCAAGCUUCCUGAUCGCGGACUUUUCAGUGGUCAUGCACCUGCCAGAAUCGAUGCUAGGAGAGCUGCCCUCAACCAGUACUUCGACAUCAUGCUUGAGACGCCUAUGAAUGAGAAGGCUGCACUGGUUGUCUGCGAAUUCUUUUCGACAGAUGUCAUUGGCGCGCAAAAUGGCGAUGCUCUCACGCCCGAACCGACCGCACCACAGGCUUCAGCCAUACCAAAGGGCAAGCAGCGGAAAGAGGGCUAUUUGACAAAACGUGGCAAGAACUUCGGUGGCUGGAAGGCGCGCUAUUUCAUUCUUGACGGUCCGGAGUUCAGAUACUACGAAAUUGCAGGUGGCGCCCACCUCGGAACGAUUAAGUUGCAGAACGCUCAAAUCGGAAAACAAUCUCAACAACAGUCGAAUCAAUCCCCUCAGCGCAGAGAUGAUUCCGAGGACAAUCAGUACAGACAUGCUUUCCUCAUUCUGGAGCCAAAGCGGAAGGACUCGUCAAGCUUGGUGCGCCAUGUGCUGUGCGCUGAGAGUGACGAGGAGCGAGAUGCCUGGGUGGACGCUCUACUACAGCAUGUCGAUUGGCAAGAAGAGUCUUCCCCAGUGGAGUCCCAGGCAUCUGGCUCGACUCGUAGCGGUGUUCUCACGAAGAACCAGCCCAAAGACUCGUCGCGUACAAGGAGAAAGGACAGUCCCGAUAUUGACAAGCCGGAUCGUUUGCAAGGAUUGAGCUAUGACGAUACUGUAGCUGCUGAAGCGCCCAUACGCGGGCCAACUCAUCGGGAGGCCAAGGAAGCUCAACAUUCGCCUAAAAUCGGGUCCUUCUCCAGCGAGAGCUCCAGACAUUAUCCUUCAAUUUCCGGUCCUAGCAACGGCGCUCCUAUCCAGGACGCUGGAAGCUGGGGCAAUAAGACGCUGGCCGCUCCAAUGACUGUGAAAGAUAAGAAGCGCAGCAUUUUCGGUUUUGGUUCUCGCGGACGUGGUUCCUCUGACAUCCCGCCUGAGCAGAUUCUUGUCCAGCACCAGGUUGUAGAGCGUAUGAUCCAGCACAAUCGCAACAUCUUCGGCAUUCCUCUGGCCGAAGCCGUGGAAUUUACUCAACCCGUUGGUGUGCGAGACCCGCUGCCCGCUGUGGUCUAUCGCUGCUUGGAGUAUCUUAAGGCGAAGAAGGCCAUCAACGAGGAAGGAAUAUUCCGGCUGAGCGGUUCCAACAUCGUCAUCAAGGCUCUUAGGGAGCGCUUCAACACCGAAGGUGACGUCAAGCUCUUGGAUGGCCAGUAUUACGAUGUGCAUGCCGUUGCGUCUCUCUUGAAGUUGUACCUGCGCGAACUCCCGGCGUCCAUCCUCACUAGGGAGCUCCAUCUUGACUUCCUCAAAGUUCUUGACAUGGACGAACGUUCGAAGAAGAUUCAGUCAUUCAACGUCCUGGUGCACAAGCUGCCACGAGUGAAUUUUGAGCUCCUCCGGCACAUGUCCUCAUUCCUGAUUGAGAUCAUCGACAACGCUGCCAUGAACAAGAUGACCGUAAGGAACGUUGGAAUUGUUUUCGCUCCCACGCUGAACAUCCCUGCGCCCUUGAUAUCCUUCUUUUUAACCGACUAUCAAGACAUCUUUGGUGCGCCCAUUGACGAAGCGAGCUCGCCAAUCCACGAAAUUCGCGUAACCACUCCUCAGCAGGGAGAUGAGAUAAGAUCACCGCGACACCAGAUGUUCUCGGACAUCCCAACUCCUGCCUACAAUGAAACGUCCUUCCCGCAACAGCAGCAGCAGUACGAUCGACCGCCUUCUAGUUUUCCUAUAGGUCCUAGCGCUACAGCCGCUCCUUCAUACCCUCCACCGCAACCACCGCAGCAGCAGCAGCAGCAGCAGCAGCAACAGUAUGCCAGCUAUGACACGGGCUUUAUCCCACUGCGGCCCAGCUAUGAAGCCCCUGCCUACGAACAACAGUAUCAGUCCGAAGGCUUCGGUAGCUUGAACGGCGCUGUGCAAUCCGGUAGCGCAAGAGAGCAAAGGCAAAGGCGACGAGAGAGCGGAAUGCUUUUGAUGGGUAUGGGCAUGGGUCAGAGGAAAGGCUCCAACGGUUCCAACCCGCCGCGACACCGCGAUGACUUCCACGGCAAUCCUCUGAUGAUCCGAGAGGAGGCGGCUUUCGACUGAGUUCUCACCUCAACGAACGAUGAUCCAUACGAGUCGACCAGAGGCAGUCAUGACGGAGUAGCAGGGCAAGCGACACACCGUACCUCCACGGAAGACGCUCUUCUCUUAUACCACGCAA